GAACAGAAGAGCGCUUUCUGCCUUUCCACAGCCAGCCAUGCACCUACUGAUAGCGCGAGGCCUCAUCCUUCAAGCAUCUUUACCGGUGCUCUCACACGGGGCUGUCCAUGCUCACGCUCACGGCCUUCGAGCUCUUGCGUUUUUCGCGCGAUGCCGGGUGCUCAAGAAGAAGAUCAAACCGCACACGAGGGACACUCAGAAAGGAAGAUCUUGCAGACAGAGGUGAGGUUGGCGGCCUGCAGCCAUGAUUGAUUGAUUGAUUCAUUCACUGGUUGUUUGCUUGCGUUUGCUUGUGUUGUGUGUGCUGUAUGUGUUCAUUUGCAGUGCUGUGCGGACAGAGGAGGCGCCAUUCCAUGCGGGAGAGGUGUGUGUGGGCGCACUGCGGAGGAUCUAUGACAGGCGAGGCCGGGGCAAUGCUGAGAACGCAGUCAAGAAGGCGAUUGCCCAGCUGGGAGAUCAUGAGCAGAAGGUGCCUCUGUCUGUCUGGUGACGACGCCUGACUGCAUGGCCAUCCACUUGUGUGUGUGUGUGUGUGUGUGUGUGUGUCUGCAGGACCCAGUUUCGCGUGCCUUCGUUGCCGACUCGGUGCUGGGUGUGGUGGUCAGGUGGCUGACGCUUCACUUUGUGCUGGUGACGCUGCUCACAUCGGUGGCACAAAGCGAAGCGGCGGCAGGUCCGCAUGACGCAUAAGUAAAAGUAGUGGGGGUGCCGGUUCUUCUGUAAUACAUGCAGGUGCAUUAUCGCGAGAGGGGAAUGGCCUGUCUGCAGCCGAUGUCGGUGUCCUUAAUGGUUUCCAGAGGUAUCCACUCGUGUACCAGCCACGUACGCGUGCAGGUUGACACACACACACUUCCCUCUGUGUGUGUCAGGCCAGGAGAGGGCAAGGCGUAUGAGGGCCUCACAGCAGAGGGGAGGGACUUCCUGGUCCGUGCUCUGCUGCUCAUCUAUUGGGACACUUUCAUGCCGGCACACCUGCGCGGCUGCUGUGGCCCCAAAAGCAGAGAUGGCCAGGUGCGUCGUGAUGCACAUUCGCACGCCCCCAGUGUGUGCGCUUUGAGUGCCUGGAUCGGUGUACGGUGCGCAGGCGGCCUUCCUCGACGGCAGGAGUGCAGAGGAUGAGUCGAGAAGGGCCCUUGCCGAGGCGAUUGUCGAUGCGCAACGACAGAUGUGCACAGAUCAGCUGCUUGCAGGGUUGGCAGUGCACACACGGACUCUAUGUGUCUCUCUAUGUAUAUGUGUGUGUGUUCAUGCACACAGGCAGCCUCUGUGGGUACGCAGCAGCCUUCCCGAGUGGCUGGUCAGCAAGUGGGAGUCCGAGUACGGCACCGAGACGGCCGAGAUGGUCGCCAUGGCAUCCUGCCAGCGGGGCACGACGACACUCAGGCAUGUAUGUGCUGACGAAUGGAAUCAUAUGGAUCGACUCUGUAUCUUGUGCCGUGUGUGGGUGUCUGUGUGGGCGCAGGGUGAACAGUCUCAAGACGACGCGCGAGGCCUUUCUCGCCUCCCUUCGUGAACGCAAUGUGAACGCCUCGCCGACUAAGACGUCGCCAUACGGCGUCACGCUCGAGGUGCCGCACACACAUCCAUACCAUAUAGAAACGUGGAUCUCUCUCCCUCUGUCUGUCUGCAGGCAAGGCGGCCGCGUGGCGUGUCAUUGCGUGAGCUGGGCGGCUGGCACUCGGGCGAUUUCGAAUUGCAGGUGCGUCGACUCGACGCACCGACCACCGUGCCUCCAUCUAUCUAGACAGAUGUGUGUGUGUCAGGAUGAGGGCUCCCAGCUGAUUGCGUGUGCGUGUCGACAGCUGGACGGCCCGCAGGCGGCCACCAGUCCACUAAUCAUCGACCUGUGUGCAGGUAGGGAUGGAUGGAGGGAUGGACAUCCACUCGUACGGUACCUGUGUGUGUGUUGUCCUGGUGCGAUGAGAGCAGGAAGGGGCGGGAAGACGCUCGCCUUGGCGGCCAUGUACCCGUCCGGGAGGAUCUACGCAUACGACACCGACCACACACGACUCGAUGACAUAGAGGUCUAACACAUGAUUAUACCGAUCCAUCCGACAGACCGAACAAUCGGUGUCUGUCUCUCUUUGUGUCAACCUUGGGUGUGCACAACCCUACAGUGGCGGCUGCCGCGGUCGCACGCCAGCUCGUGUGUGUCAGUGGUGAGAGAUGGGCAGCAACUGGCGGCUCUGAAGGUGCGCAAGGCAAUAAAGGCCACACAGUCAGCGAACCGGUAUGUGAAUCCUGUGUGUGUGAUGUGAAUGACGUGUGAAGGGCAAGGCCGACAUUGUGUUGGUGGACGCUCCCUGCUCGUCACUCGGGGCCCUCAGAAGACACCCAGGGUGCAUACCUCCCGCCGCACUGAGAAAAGCCACGCCAUCCAUCCAUCCAUCCUGCGCUCUUCUCGUGCAUUGAAUGCAGUCUUCGGUGGCAGCUCAACCAGACGGAGACCACACUGCCGGCACUGCAGACGGCCAUUUUGCGUAAGUAAGAGUGAAUGGAAUGGCCACACACACAAACCCAUGUGAGCAUCCAUUUUGUUCAUUCAGUUGGCGCCCGUGAUUAUGUGCGUCCGGGCGGCCUGCUGGUGUACGCCACCUGCGCCCUCUCCCGGCACGAGAACGACCACGUGGCUGCCGUGAUGGACCGACAGAGCGGCUUUGCCCCCUGCCCAUGCCCACUGCUGACCAGUAAACAGGCAGUAAUACACUGCGAUGGAUCACGUAUGGAUGUCGGUGUGUUUGUGUGCAGGUGCAAUUAAUGCUGGCGAGUUGUGUGGGGAGGUGGGUCGGUCGGGCCACUGCACGCUCUUCCCCAGCGGCGGUGGUGGCACCGAUGGGUUCUUUGUGGCGAGAUGGACGAGGGAGGACACUGGAGUGGCAGAGAUGUGAUUAUUGAGCACUAGUAGCCCGACAGACAGACAGACAGACAGGUGCCUGAUACCACAAUGGGAUCAUCCCGUGUCGGUCAUAUGAAUUGUCUCGUUUGGUGUGGUGAGCAACAUCGAUCAGCCUUGUGUAUAUCAUGCAUUUGCAUGCCUGCGUGUGUAUCUGAUGGAUGGACCACACGACGUUAAAUCCAG